UUAGGGCAACCCCAAGUGCUUGAACCCAUCCCAUUACCAUUUUCCUUAGUUCUGUAAAGAGCAUGAAGAGUUUUCCCACUGACCCCACACAUUGAUGUGCCAUCACACUGCACAUUUCCCUCAGGAGAAUAAGCAUAUACUCGGGUGGAGACAGAACUGCCUUUUUAUGUAAUAGAAAAUGAUGCGGCCGCUUUAAGAGGAUCACGUCGGUCUGGGCUGAUGGCUUGGGUCACGUGAUAGCGGUGGUCUGGUUUGCGCCUCUUGAUGAUGUAGCCGCGGCGCCCUAAGGCGGGAUUGGGCAAGGCUGGUCCCUGUGUGAUGAAACAUCAUCCUCCCAGGAGCAAGGCGGAAGUCUGGAGGACGCCGAGUGGCGGAGGCGGGAAAGGCGAUGAGUGGUCUCGGCAGGCUCCUCGGGAAGGGGAAGAAGGAGAAGGGGCCAACCCCUGAAGAAGCAAUACAGAAACUGAAGGAGACAGAGAAGAUACUGAUCAAGAAACAGGAAUUUCUGGAGCAGAAGAUUCAGCAGGAGCUACAAACAGCCAAGAAGUAUGGGACCAAGAAUAAGAGAGCCGCCCUACAGGCUUUGCGGAGAAAGAAAAGAUUGGAACAGCAGCUGGCACAAACUGACGGGACGUUAUCCACCCUGGAGUUUCAGCGUGAGGCCAUUGAGAAUGCCACCACCAAUGCAGAAGUUCUUCGUACCAUGGAGCUUGCUGCCCGAGGCAUGAAGAAGGCCUACCAGGACAUGGACAUUGACAAAGUAGAUGAACUGAUGGCUGACAUCACAGAACAACAGGAGGUGGCCCAGCAGAUCUCAGAUGCCAUUUCUCGGCCUGUGGGCUUUGGAGAUGAUGUGGAUGAGGAUGAACUGCUGGAGGAACUAGAGGAGCUAGAGCAAGAGGAAUUGGCUCAGGAGUUGCUAAAUGUGGGCGACAAGAAGGAAGAACCCCCAGUCAAAUUGCCUAGUAUACCUUCUACACAUCUGCCAGCAGGGCCAGCUCCCAAAGCGGAUGAAGAUGAAGAAGCACUAAAGCAGUUGGCUGAGUGGGUAUCUUGAUAAGUUUGGGCUCGUCUUCCUAACGCUACCUUUAUUGGUCCUUUUUCCUUAAGUGCCAAGUACUGAGCUAAAGGAGGAUAACUUUUUGGGGAAGUCCCGUUAAAGGUGGUAGUGUGACCCUGCCUGAAAAAGGGUCUUUUGCCCUCCCAGCCCUGGCUCAAAUCUGAAGAAGGAUCUUGCUCCAGGAGGAGCCGCUGGGCUGCCUUCUUUUUGAUAGCAGUUAUAAUGUCCUUGUUCCCAAUAAAAUUGGACAGACAGAA